GGAGAAUUAUCUGAUUCAGUGUGAAUGAUUGCCUUGGUAUUUUAUUGUUGUGGUUGCUAUAAAAAGGCGUGAGUCGCUUCCCACUUAUCAAUCAUAGUUGCGAUUUCAAAAUGAAAGUGUUUCUAGUUUUAGCAGCGCUGCUGGCCGCAGUAAGUGCCCUGCCCAUCGAGGAGCGCAUUAACGGAGAGAAUGGAUGGUACAUACCACGAAUAGAUGGCACCAGUGAAUGGAUGGAUCGGGAGGACGCUGAACAGCUGUUGGCCAGCGGUAACCUGGAGAGGAGCUCUGAUGCUGUAGCAUUCUAUCUUUACACUAGAUCAAAUCCCACCGCGGGCAAGAGAAUCGAGGCAAGCGCAUCAUCUAUUCGGGAAUCGCACUUUAACAAGGAUCAUGGCACUCGGUUUGUUAUCCACGGUUGGGGUGGUCGUUACACUGAUGGCAUGAAUACACAAAUCACCAAGGCCUGGCUGUCCAGGGGCGACUACAACGUCAUUGUUGUGGGAUGGGAUGGAGCUCAGUCUGCGAACUACAUCUCCUCUGUGAAUGCUGUUCCUAAUGCUGGAGUCAAAGUGGGAGAAAUGAUCAAGUAUCUGCACCAAAGUCACGGCAUGUCCUUGAGCAGUCUGUAUGUCAUAGGACACAGCUUGGGUGGCCAGGUCGCUGGUUACGCUGGCAAGACCGUAGGCAAAGGCAAGAUUCACACUAUUAUUGGUCUAGAUCCUGCCCUUCCUCUAUUUAGCUAUGAUGAGCCAGAGAAGCGUCUAUCUUUCGACGAUGCCUACUAUGUGGAGUCUAUUCAGACUAACGGUGGAAUGAAGGGAUUCCUCAAGCCCAUUGGCAGAGGUGCCUUCUACCCCAAUGGAGGCAAGAAGCAGCCCGGAUGCGGAGUCGAUGCUGCCGGCACCUGCUCCCAUGCGCGUUCAGUAACCUACUAUGUUGAGGCUGUGACCCAGGAUAACUUCGGCACCAUCAAGUGUCACGACUACGAGGAUGCUGUGGCCAAGGACUGUGGCAGCACUUACAGCAGCGUUCGCAUGGGAGCUGACAUCAAUGCGUACAUGGUUUCUGGAGACUACUAUGUGCCCGUGAACAGCGAGACGCCAUUCGGCAAUAUGAAAUAGAUCUUGUAUCUAACGGGUUUAUUUUUGAAUAAAAUACGAAAGCAAAAAAAAAAA